UUAACCAGGCGCACAGGCGAGGGAGGGUGUGAGGGAGGUUGCUGGGGGUGCCAUGGCCGUCCUCGCCCUCCUGUCACUUUCCUUGCUGGGGUGGCUGGUGCAUCGCAGCCGCGGUUAUGUGAUCGUCAACUCUGUGUCCUGGGCAGUCACCAACCAGGAGGAGACAGUGUCCACCGAGGAGGAGGACGAGGGGGUAGACGUGUUGCCCAACCGCCUGUUCGAGAGCAGCAGCAGCAUCUGGAAAGCCUCGUACCCCGCCGCUGUCUACCAGGAGCAGGAUGCAAACGGUAGGGCCGUGGCCGAGCUGCCGAGUCCGAAACAGGUCCUCAGCUUCCCCUCCAGGAUGUUUUCCUACCGGAGGGAAGGGCUGAGUGCGAAGGCUCCCGAGCAGAUUGCCCCCGAGCCGCCCGAGCAGGAGAAAGCGCGAAUCGCCCGCUAUCUGCUCCAUUCCAGCAACUGGGGCUUCCUGGCCACUCUCUCCAGCCUGGACAAGAUCAAAGGCAUGCCAUUUGGAAACAUUUUUUCAAUCAGUGAUGGCCUCCUGGACAACAGUACUGGUAUUCCAUUUUUCUGUGUCUCUCCAAUGGGCCCCACAGUUGCAGAUUUGAUGAACAACCCCAGUGCUUCUUUAACAUUGUCAGAAGCUGAGACAGAUUACUGCAGACAGAAUCUCAUUGACCUUGAAGACUCGAGGUGUGCCAGGCUGACACUUACUGGUCAAGUGGUGACUGUGCCCACUGAUGAAAUUGAAUUUGCAACGCAAGCUAUGUUUUCAAGCAGGCAUCCAGUAAUGAAGAAGUGGCCUCCAGACUACAACUGGUUCUUUAUGAAAAUGAAUAUUCAACAUGUGUGGCUCCAGGACUGGUUUGGAGGGGUCACUAUCAUCCCACUGGAAGAUUAUUUUAAAGCAAAUCCAGUGAACACUGAAUAGCUUGUAAAAGAAUGCCAUUUAAAAGAAAAAGAAGCAUUGUUUACAGUUUUUGUGGGUUCCCAUUUUGUAUCUUCAGGCUGGAAAAGUUUUUUGUUUCAGUAUUGGUAUAUUGGCUGAGUAUAGGACGAACACUUGAACAUGAACAUUUAAUGGCAAUCUCUAAUUGUCUUUGAGGACGCAAUGGUGAGCUGCCUUCUUGAACCACUGCAAUUCAUGUGGUAAAGGUGUUCCCACUGUGCCGUGAGGUAAGAAGUUCUGGGAUUUUGACCCAGUGAUGUUGAAAAAUAUACUGAGAUGCGCAAUGGGGCAAAAUUGCCACUUCUUCUUGCUAAUAUUUUUUUGCCUACACAUGCCAUACAUUAUCAGAUUAGUGUGCUAGCACCCUCUGCAAGAAAUGUGAGGUGUUCAGCAUGGUUACUAACUCCCAGUGCUGUAUUGUCCAGUAUGAGAUUGCUCUCUGAAAAUUGAAGUUAUUUUGAUAAAAUUCUGCUAACUUUGUUCAGAAUAAUUUUUGUCUGCAAGGUUUUAAAUGUUGUGCUUAUUCUAUCCUGAGCUUAUCCCAUUGUAGCAUGCAAUUUUCAGUAAUUACACAGCAUUGCAACUUGAAUUAUUCUGAGUUAUAGAUGUACUGUACCCCUUGUUUCUAAAUCAUCUUUUGUAAUUGGCAAAAUAUGAAAAAGUCCACAACAGAGCAUUUGUUGGUAGCAGAAAUUUACGAAAGUUGGUUGCAAUCAAAUGUAACCCUGAUUAUUGAUCAUGUUGGUAAUCCAUACUGAGCUAUAUGAUCAAAACAGUCUGUUGCUUGUCUGUGCUAAACAAGCUGUGUUCAGCUCUCCUUCAGCUGCUUCACUGGAGGGUCUAUGGUAUGUGCGAUUGUAUUAAAAUUUGUAAUAACAUGAUGUUUUACAUUUUGCUGGCUAAUAUUAAAAUAUAUUCAAAUUUA